AACACAAUCCUAGCAAUAUCAAAACUUGUCAUCUACACUCUCGAUCUCAUUCCUCCACUGAAGAAAAAAAACUAAAGCUUCGACAAAACCAGAGAAAGAGAUAGAGAGAGAGGAGAGAGAGAAUUACAAAAUGGCGGCUAAAUCAAUCUGUUCAUCUUUAUCAGUGCAUUCCAUGGUAAACAAGAAGCCUUCUCGUUCUCCAACAAGAACAAUAACCUCAAAGAAGGGCACAUCGACUCCACGGGUUAAGCUACUGACAAGAGUUGAGCAGCUCAAGCUUUUGACCAAAGCCGAAAAAGCCGGACUUUUGUCCUUGGCUGACAAAUCAGGUUUCUCUCUGGCGACCAUUGAGCGUCUUGGAUUACUCACUAAAGCAGAGGAAUUCGGCGUUUUGUCUGCCGCCACCAACCCCGAAACGCCUGGGACGUUAUUCACCCUGAGCCUCGGUUUGCUCCUUCUUGGACCAGUUUUUGUCUACUUGGUUCCUGAAGAUUAUCCUUGGGAAGUGGUGGUUCAGCUCGUGGUGGCUCUGGUCUCUGUUCUUGGUGGCUCUGCUGCUUUUGCUGCUUCUGGUUUUGUCUCCAAUUUGCAGAAAUCUGAUUAGUCCGCUUUUUGUUGGUAUUGAUAAACCGGUCGGUUUUUGUAUCAGAUUUACUCGUGUAUGUACGACCUAGCAAGAGACUUUUCUGCUUUCAAGAUAUAACUUUAUAAUGAAAUUCUCAUGUGUAUUUGAUCUUAUAGAUCGUUUCAACUCAUUUCACUAUUUCUAUGUAAAUGGUUUCAUAUACACAAUCCAAGAGAAACGUUUUGCAUUCAA